ACCUUUUUCAACCAUCCGUUGGCAAAACAGCCGUUAUCAUGCUUCCCUCUCUAUCUUCCCUCCAACACCCUCCCUUUCAGAAGCCCCACCAAAAUCAACCCAACCCUCAAAUCCAACCGUCCGAUCUCCUCCACAGCUUCACCACCCCAUUCCAACUCAAGCAAAUCCAUGCCCACAUCAUCAAAACCAACAACUCCAUCUCGACCCUCCCUCUCCAGAGAGUGGCCCACGUCUGUGGCCUGUCACGAUCAUCCUUUGAUUACGCCCGUCAGAUCAUUCAUUGCGUCAAAAUUCCGGAGAUUAUUCUGUGGAAUUCUUGCUUAAAGAGUCUCGCAGAAGGAGAUUCCCCUGAGGAUACCGUCCAUCUCUUCUACAGACUGCGACAGGUCGAUCUCUUGCCUGAUACUUUCACCUGUUCUUUUGUACUCAAGGCCUGCUCACGUAUACCGUCCCUCUCGGAUGGGCGGAUUGUACACGGAUUUGUUGAGAAGCUUGGGUUCCGAACAGAUCUGUUCUUGCAAAACACGAUUAUUCACAUGUAUGCUUGUUGUGGAGUUCUGGAUGAUGCACGCCUCUUGUUUGAGAAAAUGCCGCAGCGAGAUGUUGUGAGUUGGAAUAUCUUGAUUACACAGUUUACAAAGCAGGGGGAGAUGGGGACUGCAAAGGAGUUGUUUGAUGAAAUGCCGGAGAGGAGUGUGACCUCUUGGACUGCGAUGAUUGCUGGGUAUGUCCAGUGUGGGAAUCCUGCAGAGUCGAUCCGUCUCUUUGGUGAGAUGGAAGAGGCAGGCGCCAGACCGAAUGAGGUAACUGUUGUAGCCGUUCUGGCAGCUUGUGCAGAUCUGGGAGCAUUGGACCUUGGGAAGAGGGUUCAUGAGUAUUCCGAUCAAUGUGGAUUUCAAAGAAAUGUGCGCAUUUGUAACACUCUAAUUGAUAUGUAUAUCAAAUGCGGGUGUCUGGAAAUCACGCAAAAAGUCUUCAACAAAAUGGAAGAAAGAACGGUUGUGUCAUGGUCUGCCAUGAUCGGAGGGCUUGCCAUGCAUGGAAAGGGCAAGGAGGCUCUAGAGCUCUUUUCAAAGAUGAGCAGAAUAGGCAUUCGGCCGAACAGUGUCACCUUCAUCGGACUCUUACAUGCGUGCAGUCACAUGGGGUUAGUAGAGGAUGGGCGCCAGUAUUUUGCCACCAUGACUAAGGACUAUGGGAUAAUUCCCCAGAUCGAGCACUACGGAUGCAUGGUCGAUCUCCUCAGUCGUGCAGGGCUUCUGCAGGAGGCCCAUGAGUUCAUUAAGAACAUGGCAAUCAAGCCCAAUGGAGUCGUUUGGGGGGCUCUCCUUGGUGGUUGUAGAGUUCACAAGGACAUCGAGAUGGGUGAAGAGGUGAUCGAGCAUCUUCAAGAAUUAGAUCCACUCAAUGACGGAUAUUAUGUAGUUCUAUCAAACAUCUAUGCAGAAGCAGGCCGAUGGGAAGACGCAGCCAAAGUGAGAAGAUUGAUGAGAGUUCGUGGUGUGAAGAAGACACCCGGGUGGAGUUCAAUAACAAUAGAUGGUGUGGUCCAUGAGUUUGUGGCUGGGGAUAGCACUCAUCCCCAAGCCGAGGAAAUCUAUGAGAAAUGGGAGGAGUUGCUAGAACAGUUGAAGCUAAGAGGGUAUGUUCCGGACACUUCAGUGGUCUUGCUCGACAUGGAUGAGAAUGAAAAGGAGCAUGUUCUAUAUCGGCAUAGUGAGAAAUUAGCGGUCGUUUUCGCACUAAUGAACACGCCUCCAAAAACACCAAUCAGAAUCAUGAAGAACCUUCGGGUCUGCAGCGAUUGCCAUGCUGCUUUGAAAUUGAUAUCCAAUAUUGCAGAUCGGCAGAUAGUCGUCCGUGACCGGAAUCGGUUCCAUUGUUUCAAGGAUGGUUUGUGUUCUUGUAGAGAUUAUUGGUAGCAUUUCAAAUUUUCAAAUUGCAAAUGAAGGUAUUCUUAUGAAGAA